AUGGGGCCGACAGGUGAGGUGGUGUUUGGCAGUCUGGUGCCAGUCUGCUCUGAGAACCGGCUACGUUGGGACCUGAACCCAGAGCAGAUCCAGCAGCUCUCGGAUGAGCUCAUCAUCAACACCAAAAAGGUGUACGACCGCGUUGGAGCGCUGGACCUCGACGGCGUCACCUUCGAGAACACGCUGAAGGCGCUCGCCGACGUGGAGGUCGAGUACACCGUCCAGAGGAACAUGCUGGACUUCCCGCAACACGUGUCUCCGAGUAAGGAGGUCCGAGCGGCGAGCACCGAGGCCGACAAACGCCUGUCGGAGUUCGACGUGGAGAUGAGCAUGAGGGAGGACGUCUACCAGAGGAUCGUCGCCCUGGAGAAGAAGAUCGAUCCUGAAAGCCUGACAGCAGAGUCCAAGCGUUAUAUGGAGCGACUGAUCAAACUGGGGAAGAGGAAUGGCCUCCACCUGCCCAAAGAGACACAAGAGGAGAUCAAAACUAUCAAGAAGAAGCUGAGCAACCUUUGCAUCGAUUUCAACAAGAACCUGAACGAGGACACCACCAGUCUCUCCUUCAGCCGAGACGAGCUGGGUGGCCUUCCCGAGGACUUCCUGAGCUCUCUAGAGAAAGACGGAGAGAAGCUGAAGGUCACUCUUAAGUAUCCUCAUUACUUCCCCACCAUGAAAAAAUGCUUCGUCCCAGAAACCCGCAGGAAGCUGGAGGAGGCCUUCAACUCCCGCUGUAAAGGGGAGAACUCGGUCAUCCUGAAGGAGCUGGUGGAGCUUCGGGCCCAGAAAAGUUCUCUGCUCGGCUUCAGCACACACGCCGACUUCGUCCUGGAAAUGAACAUGGCCAAAUCUGGAAAGAAGGUGGCCUGCUUCCUAGAGGAGCUGGCCUGUAAGCUGAAGCCUCUGGGUGUUGAAGAGCGAGCGGUCAUCCUCAAGCUGAAGGAGAAGGAGUGUCAGAAAAGAGGCCUGCCUUUCAACGGAGAGCUGCACGCCUGGGACACCCGCUACUUCAUGACCCAGGUGGAGGAGACCCAGUAUGCUGUGGACCAGAACCUGUUGAAGGAGUACUUCCCCAUGGAGGUGGUGACUCAGGGUCUGCUGGACAUCUACCAGGAGCUCCUCGGUCUGUCCUUCAAGCUGGUGGAGGGAGCUGCCGUCUGGCAUCCUGACGUCACUCUGUACUGUGUGAAGGACCGCAGCAGUGGACAGAUGGUCGGCCAGUUCUACCUGGACCUCUACCCCAGGGAGGGGAAGUACGGUCACGCCGCCUGCUUUGGCCUCCAGCCUGGCUGCCUGCUGCCCGACGGCACACGGCAGAUGUCGGUGGCGGCCAUGGUGGCCAACUUUAGCAAGCCGACGGCCGACGCUCCAUCUCUCCUGCAGCACGACGAGGUGGAGACGUACUUCCACGAGUUCGGCCACGUCAUGCACCAACUCUGCGCUGAGGCGGACUAUGCCAUGUUCAGCGGGACUCAUGUGGAGCGGGACUUUGUGGAGGCUCCAUCUCAGAUGCUGGAGAACUGGGUUUGGGAGAAGGAGCCUCUGCAGAGGAUGUCCAAACACUACAAGACUGGCAACAGCAUCCCAGACGAGCUGCUCGACAAGCUCAUCAAGUCCCGCCUCGCCAACACCGGUCUGUUUAACCUGAGGCAGAUCGUUCUUGCUAAAGUGGAUCAGGCUCUUCACACCAGGAACGGACUAGACCCUGCAGAAGAGUACGGACGCCUCUGUCAGGACGUCCUGGGAAUCCCUGCUUCACCAGGAACCAACAUGCCAGCAACCUUUGGGCACCUGGCCGGCGGUUAUGAUGCUCAGUACUACGGUUACCUGUGGAGCGAGGUGUUCUCCAUGGACAUGUUCUAUGCUCGCUUCAAGCAGGAGGGAAUCAUGAACCCCAAGGUGGGUCUGGACUACAGGAAGUUCAUCCUGCGGCCCGGUGGCUCUGAGGACGCCUCCGAGAUGCUGAGGAAGUUCCUCGGGCGGGAACCCAAACAGGAAGCGUUCCUGCUGAGCAAAGGACUAAUGGUGGAGCAGGGCACCAGCACGCCGUGUCCCUGCUGACCAAUCACAGCAGCCGGCUCCACCCCACCCCCCCAAAAGCACUGGCCCACAUAACAACGAACUGAGGAGAUUUUCUAGAAAAAAAAAAACAGAGAAAUGUUCCAAACAUGGAAAAAACGACCCGUAAAUAAAA